AUGAACAUUCGCCUGUCUCCUGCAGCCGGCGCAGGCGCGUACUACUUUGCCAAGCGAGAAAUCAACGCCGACCGUCAGGCCAAGCUUCAAGCCGCCCGUAAAAAGCGGGAAGACAUUCGAUCUCUCGAGUACGCCGGCCCCGGUUCGACAUCUUCGUCCGUUGCCACCGGUAACGGCGCCCCUGCCAUGACAGACACAGCUGGCUCUCCGAGCCAUGAGGCGGGCAAUGAUCCCGCGGCGACCAGACAUGCUGCAGUGACAGAGUCGCAGCAGACCAAGGAGAAGAGCAAAUACGAAAGCACAACGCCGUAUAGGAGUCCUAAGGGAGAUCGGUUUUCGUAA